UUAUAUUUUUCAGAUAAGAUGGCCGGAGUGGUGAGGCUGCGUACUCUGGUCCAGGGCAAGGCUAAUUUUCACACAAUGAGUGUGGUGCGGGCUGCUGGAAGCCCACCUCCCUGGAAUUAUCUAUGGAAGCCAGGUCCAUAUCCUGAAUCUGAAGAUGCCAAGAUGAAGGCUGCGAAAAAGUACGGUCUGCUCUAUGAGGAUUACCAACCCUACCCUAAAGGAAGUGAUAUGCUGUGUGGAGAUUACCCCAACCUUCCUCUAGUCCCAGAGGCAUAUAGGUCUUCUACGUAUGAAUGGGAUUACCCGGAGUAUAAGAGGGACUACGGAGAGACUCCUCAUGUUGAGUGGGAUAAAUAUAGAGAGACGAGAUACACUCCGCCCCAAAAUCCCAUCUUAAGUAUCCCCUACAUGUUGUCCUGCUUCUUUGCUGUUGUUGGAGGAUUAACUCUGGCUAUUUACUACAGCUACGACAAUCCUUGGCUUCCACAAAUGCAACAGCCCCGUACUGCCAAGCAGUUGUAUAACCCUGGAGUCACCUACUACACUAUGGAGGAACUGGAGUAAUUUAUAAUCUUACAUAAACCCUUGUAACUCUUCUUUUCAAAACUUGAAAUAUAUUUAGAUUCAAAUUGUU